CUUCAAAAUCUCCCACAAUUCGAAGCUCACAAGAGGUGAAGGGAGAUCGAUUCCCUGCGAUUUAAUUACUUUACUGCCAGAAAGUGCAUUAAUUUGAGUACAUAAUGCAGAGUGGUACCCAGUCCCGGUCGGCGGUUUGUAGCGAGAAAGUCAUCAGUGAAGUGAGCGGAAAGCGGCUGUUACGCCGCCGCGUCCAGAAGCGAGCAGACGGCGCUAAAUGUGUGACAGUAGGCGGAAGGACGGACUGGGACGAACUUUGCAAGCAGAACACAUGGCUACGGACACAGUCUGGUUUGGUAGUCAAGCCUGAUCAAUCCAUCAAGCGAAGAAAACACUUGGGCCUGAUCCAGCUCAAUGUGGACUUUGACACGGCAAAACUCUGGAUCCAGGAGAAAUUGGGAUCCAAGGUGAAGGUGGAUGGCGUUGAGGGCACCCUCAAGCAAUUUCUGAUUGAGCCUUACCUCCCCCAUCAAGAAAAUGAAGAGUCCUACCUGUGCAUCUACUGUCACACAGAAUCCCAUGAUGCUGUGCUGUUCCAUUCCAAAGGAGGGGUGGAUGUGGGAAAUGUGGAUGAGGAGGCUGACCAUUUGUAUGUGGGAUUGGAGGAAAUGCCCCAGCAACAGACAAUUCAAGAAACACUGCUGAAGAAUGUUCAAAACACAAAGACACAAAUGUUGUGCAGUUUCAUCCAGUCUCUCAUCAAGUGUUUCAGAGAUUUACACUUUACAUAUCUGGAGCUCAAUCCAUUGGUGGUCACAGAUUCUGAAAUCCACAUCCUGGACGUCGCAGCCAAAGUGGACUCCAAGGCCGCGCCCCUGUGCAAGGAAUUAUGGGACGGAAUUCAAUUUGCGCCGUCGCUGUGCCGAGACCUGCAUCCUGAGGAGCUGCGUAUUGCCCAACUUGCUGCCGGCACACCAUGCUCUAUGAAUCUGACGAUUCUUAACAAAGCUGGUAGAAUCUGGAGUCUGAUAGCCGGUGGUGGGACCUCUCUGGUCAUGAGUGACACAGCAGCAGAGCUAGGUGUGCGAGACGAGGUAGCCUGCUACACCCAGUUUUCUGGCCGCCCAUCCGCAGACCAGAUGUACGAAUUCACCAAGACGUUGAUCGAUUUGAUGGUGGAAGUGCCACACCCUGAGGGCAAGACGUUCAUCCUGAGCAGCAACGUCGCUGAUAUGAUCAUGAUGAUCAAACUCAAGGUUGGACCCAUGCAGGGACUAAUGAGAGCUCUGCAGGAGUGCAAAGAGAAACUCAAAACCCACAAAAUCUCCCUGUUAAUGCGUCGGGCUACGUUAGCAACAGUGUCUAAGGGACAGAUACCAUCAGCUCUAACUGAACUUGGCCUGCCUGUCCAUAUCUUCUCCAUUGCGGUACCCAUGACACACCUCAUACAGUGUGCACUCGGGCUGCGUGAUGUCGAGACUGGCGUCGAUGAUACAGAUAAGAUAUGCCAACCAAUGAACCAGCAAGCAGAAUCCCAUGAAGUCAUUGCCAAGAACAACCUUGAUGAAAUCUUCAAUGGAGACACAAAGGUAAUAGUCGUUGGGCUAAUGACUCAGGCUGUACAGGCCAUGCUGGACUUUGACUUUGUCUGCGGUCGGAAAACACCGUCAGUUGAUGCCAUUGUGAAUCCAGGGGGUGAAGACAAAGAAGAGAGUUUCUUGUGGGCCGAAGGUCAAGUCAGCAUUCCAGUGUACAGCAGCUUAGAGACAGCAAUGAGUAAUCACACCGAUGCUACCGUAGUGGUCAAUAGUGCCCCAGGCAGAGAUGCGUAUCACUGUGCUAUGCUGGCUGUCAAGUGUAGACAUAUUCGUUGCAUUCUGAUGAUAGCAGGCCACAUCCCAGACCGACAAACAAGAACUUUAGUUCAGAUGGCCCACAACAACGGAGUCUUGAUCGUUGGACCCUGCACACCCGUACACCUCAUGCAAGUUAACUUCAUCAAGCCCGGCAGUUUCCGCUGCAACAAGUUUGGUACCAUCGGCGGUUCGUUAGAUGACCUGGUCUCAUUGCGGCUGUAUCGGCCUGGCAGUGUGGGCGUGGUGACACGGUCUGGUGGGCUGAGUAUGGAACUGAUCAUCUACAUCGCUAGGAACACAGAUGGGCUGUAUCAGGGCGUGUCGCUGGGUGGCGGAAAGUGCACUGGUUCCUCGUUCAUGGAUCAUUUGAUGUCUAUGCAGGCAAACCCAGACGUCAAGAUCUUGCUGCUGCUUGGAGAGUUUGGUGGAAGUGAGGAGUAUGACAUAUGUGAAGCUCUACGUAGCGGCAAGCUCAGCAAACCAAUGGUUGCCUUCUGCAUUGGCGAGUGUGCCGACAUGUUCAAAUCAGAACCGGGUUAUUUUGGCCACUCAGGAGCAGGCAACGAUGUUGCCUUGGAAACAGCUGCUGCUAAAAACCAAGCUCUUGCAGAGGCUGGGGCUAUCGUGCCGAAAACAUUUGACGAGAUUGGUGACAAACUCCGAGAGGUAUACGCUAGCCUGAUAGCUAAGGGUCAACUGGUACCCAAGCCUGAACCACCGGUGCCGAGCAUACCAGCCAAUAUGAAGCCAAGGAAAGGCAAGAAGUAGGCAGGAUUCAAGACCAUACCCAUCCCCCCCCCCCAGCAUCCCUCCCUUUUGCCCAUCCUUUCCUUUACUUUUCCAAAAUCAUAAACAAAAACGUCCUAAAGUCAUUAAUUGUAUUAUUAGACCAUUUCACCCCAUUAGCACUUAACCCUUUAGCAAUUGUAUUACAUUGUAUUACAUUGUAUUACACUGUAUUACAUUGUAUUACAUUGUAUAUACUGCAUGAAUCCAUACAACCAUAGAGUGCUGGGCGGUUUGGGGCGGUUUGAGGAGUAACAGGCAGGGCAGUUUGGGGCGGUACAAGGGCUAAACGGUUAAUUGAAAUAUCCCCCCACUCCUUCAUUUUCUUUUCCAACAUCUGAAAAAAACUGUCCUUAAGUGAUCAUCUGCAUUUUUAUGCUAUUCUAACCCAUUUUAAUUUUCACUUGAAAUAUCCCUUUUCUGGAAAUAUAUAUUUUUUUCAAAGUAUUACAUACAUUGUCGUAGUUGAUAGUACUGAAAUUGGGCAUUUUUGGAUAUCACAUGAAAUAUUCCAGCUGAAAAAAACUGAAACCGAAGAGACAGAAAGUGAUAUCAUUGAUCUGUCACAUUAUGUACUUAUACUGAAAUUCCAAAGUAUUGGUUAUUAAGGUUAAUUUGGAUUGUGGAAUUCCGGUGGUGAAGUGACAAGAAAAAGUUGAUUCUUAGUUCAUCUGUUUUAUUAACAGGUCACAAGUUAAGAUUCAAGUUCUAAAAGUGUAAUUACAAAAAUUACUACUGAUUGGCAUCACUCGGUUCAGAUUUACUUGGGGAUAGUGGUUCAGUCUUAGGUUUGUAACAGAAUGUGAAUGAAAUAUUGUAUGGGCCACUGUUUUUGUUACUUUUUUGUAUGUCGUACUGCACAUUGUCUUUCAAUUCAUCAAUAUAUUUCAAAUGAUUUAAUAAUAUUUGUAAAGAAAUUAUGAUAUAGAAAAUAAACUCUAUUUUCCUAAUGCAUAAUCUAAAAACCAUUCACAGAUGUAAAUAUUUAAUAAAUUGUUACCAUUUAAAGAAUUUAAAUUAGUUUUGGUGUUCAGGCCUUUAAACUAUUGAUAUAACCUCUAUACUAAAGAUAUUGUACAUGUACAUGUAGAUGUACUAAAUCAACAGAAAAUUGUGCACAUGAAAGCAAACUAUUUUAUGUUCCUUUUGGUGACUUAAUGCAGUACUGUUUCAGUCUCAAAAAUGAACAAAGUGAACUGAAGAUCUUAACUUUUAGCUUUUGAUAGUUUUGAGAUUUGAAUUUUCAGUGAGGUUCGAAUUUUGAUAGUUUUAACAAAGAUAAAACCAGAAUAUUUAAAAGAUUCUUUCUUGGACCUUUAAUUUGUAAUAAAACAGAAAACUUGUGUAGUGCA